CUUCCGAACAUUCAAACCAUUCGAACCUUUCUCUUGAAACCGCCUCUCUCCCACCAAGAAAGCCACCAGUGGUUUCGUCCAUUACAGCUUCUCUGAUCUUCUUCUUUGGAAUUUCCAGCAUUCUGACGAAAAUGCCCUUAUUGGCGUCUGCUUGUUUUCCUUGAUUGAUUCUAGAAGGUUCUAGAAGUUGCAUUGGAUCGUUUGGUUGCCUUCAAAUGGUGUUUUAGGGUUUCCCUUUUCUCAAGUAAUCCUCAGCAGGCAGGUUUUUUUGAAGGAAAGAGAGCAGCAUGGGCAUAAAAGCUCGUCAAAGCUCUACUGGUUCUCCUAAAGUAGAGGUGGGAGAGAUAGACACAAGAGCACCAUUUGAAUCUGUUAAAGCUGCAGUUAGCUUAUUUGGUGAAGGAGCCAACUCUGCUGACAAGGCUACUGUGAAGAAGCCAAAGCCUCUGCUGACGGAGAGAGUAUUGGCAAAGGAGACCGAACUGCAAUUGGCAGAAAAGGAGCUAAACAAGUUCAAGCAACAACUGAAGAAUGCUGAAACCACAAAAGCAGAAGCACUCAUCGAGCUCGAAAGGGCUAAAAAAACAGUUGCAGAUCUGACCCUCAAGCUCAGGACUAUAAAUGAGUCCAAAGAAUCGGCAGUCAAAGCAAUGGAAACUACAAAGAACCAGGCCAACAAACUUGAAAAUGCUAUCACUGGAAAUACUGAAAAUGGUGGAUGGAAACAUGAAUUAGACAGUGCUAGAGAACAGUAUGCAUCUGCCAUCACUGAGCUUGACGCUGCAAAACAGGAACUAAGGAAAAUCAGGCAAGAUUUUGAGGAUUCGAUUGAUGCAAAAGUCGCAGCUUUCCAGCAGGCAGAAGAAGCCAAUAAUGCUUCUGAGGUUAAUAAGGAGCGGACUGCUGAGAUCUCAAAGGAGAUUGCUUCCAUACAGGAGUUGCUCAUGCACACGAAGCUUGCCUCUGAGCAAGCCCAACUAGAGCAAGCAAAGAUUCUAUCCGAGACCGACUCCCAGCAGCAGUCUUCUAGACUCGCGCUAGAAGAAGCAGAGAAGAAAUUGGAGUCUUUGAAGAAAGAGUUCGAUCCCGAAAUGACUAGGAGUCUCGAAGAGAAGCUGGCAGAAAUGGACACCGAGAUUGGGGUCUUGCAGAAAGAGAUAGUAAAUGCAAAGGCAUCUGAUCUGAAUACGGUGAGAGAUGUGACGACUGAACUUGACAGCGCGAAAGAAACACUGCAGAAAGUAGCAGAAGAAGAGGGUACUCUCAGAAAUUUGGUAGAGUCUCUCAAGCAGGAGCUUGAGAGUAUAAAAAAGGACCAUUCUGAACUGAAGGAGAAGGAAAUGGAAGCAGAAUCUGUAGCUGGGAAUCUGCAUGUCAAGCUCCGGAAAGUGAAGGGCGAGCUUGAAGAAGCCUUUGCAGGAGAAUCAAAAGAGAGAGGCGCAUCCGAAGAAUUGAUUUCGACUCUACAGCAGCUUUUGACAGAAUCAGAUAAUGCAAGAAAGGAAGCAGAAACAAUGAAGAGAAAUGCUGAAGAACUCAGGAAAGAAGCCGAAACAGCUCGAAUUGCUUUGGAAGAAGCAGAGAAGAAUAUGCAGGGUGCCCUGAAGGAUGCUGAAGAAGCAAAGGCCGCAGAGGCAAUUGCCCUUGAUCAGCUGAAGAUUUUAUCAGAGAAGACUAAUGCAGCCCGUGCUUCGUUGUCGGAAUCCAAUACCCAGAUCACAAUCUCAGUGGAGGAAUACGAGGCAUUGAGCCGGAAGGUUGAGGAAUCCAAUACAUUGGUUGAAAUGAAGGUGGCUGCCGUGAUGGCCCAGGUGGAAGCCGUGAAGGCCUGCGAGAAUGAAGCGGUGAAGAGAUUGGAGGCAACCCAAAGGGAGAUGGAAGCAAUGAAUGCUUCGACAGAGGAGGCGUUUAAGAGGGCAGAGAUGGCAGAGAUGGCGAAGAAGGCAGUGGAGGGAGAGCUCCGAAGGUGGCGUGAGCGCGAGCAGAAGAAGGCUGCUGACGCCGCAUCCCGGAUCCUGGCUGAGACAGAGAUGUCAUCGGAGGUGUCACCACCAAGGGCUGGCGAGAUUCGGAUGCUGCACCCAUCGGAAAAUAUGAAAAUAGACCAUACGGUGGAGAAAGCACCAGUAGUAAAAAAAGCUCUCUUUCCCAGCCUCAGCGGCAUCUUUGCAAGAAAGCCCCACGUAGACGCUGGAUUGCGGGCUCUUCUCCCGGGCGAGAAACCAGUGUGAGCAUUGUUUCAGUGUACUGCUAUUUUUGCAUGUGUGAUUGCUGGCUCUGUUAUGUACAGUUUGAGAGUUGUAGAAUCUCUUUCAUGUAUGUUCUCAUGAAGCAUAAAGAAGCAUGUAUAAUGUCCACUUGAAGUGAUGUAGAAUUUCCUCAA